AUGGAUAACGAAAGUGGUCAAAGUAUGUUACAAGCAUCUCAGAAUACAAAUGGUGACAUUCAACAGUCGACUUCGGGCGGUGGUGUUAUUGUUCUGAAUAAUAAUGAAUUGAGAACAAGUGGUGGAAAUCAAUCUCGCAUCGUUACUGUGGCUGACGGUAGUUCACCAGAUCGUGUUAAACGAAUAAUUUUGAAUACAAAUUCAUCGUCCAAUGCAUCUACACUUCCACAAGGACAAAUUUUGCAAACAGCCGAUGGCCAAUUGAUUAUCUUACAGAGUGCCGACCAGCAGUCGAAUCAGCCACAAUAUGUUCAAGUCGGUGGACAAAUUUUACAAGUAAGUGGAGUACAAUCAUCACAACAACCACAAACAAUAACAAUUCCAGCCGGUGCAUUACAACUCGGUGGCAAUAAUCAAAUCUUACAAUUAGCUUCAACACCGUCGAAGAUGCAAACGGCAACAGCAACAAAUUCAACAUUACAACAAAAUGGAACCGUUAUUAUGAUGGUACCCGGAAAUUCUGGCCAACUUCAAGCAGUACAAAUGCAAACAAAUGAAACAGCUACGGAAGAAGAACCGUUAUAUGUUAAUGCUAAACAGUAUAAUCGUAUUUUGAAACGUCGUGCAGCAAGAGCGAAACUUGAAUCCGAAGGUCGAAUACCGAGAGAAAGAAAAAAAUUUUUACAUGAAUCACGUCAUCGUCACGCAAUGAAUCGUAUUCGAGGAUCGGGUGGACGUUUUGCAGCUGGCUCGAAAAAAGCACAAUCAUCGACAGCCGCUGAUCUUCAUCUACAACAACAGCAACAGUUACAAACCCAACAACCAAUGCAAAUCAUUGCUCAUCCACAAACAACUCUUGCACUUGUUGGUGCUAAAACGAUUAAGGCGCCUACCCGAGCAAAUGAAGUUAUUAAAGUGGAAUAUGCCAGAUGA